CUCACACAAUCCACUGUCAGAACUGAGCUACCAACUUCACCAAAUCAAUGUCUUCUUCCAUUGCCAAAGCCAUCAUCACCUCCUUCAUCACGAUCCUCAUCCUCCUCACCUCUCCUCUCUCCUCCUCCUCAUCCCUCCCACACGAACAAGACCCAAGACCAACUCCAUGGCCACACCAGUUCCACUCAAUUCUGAUGAUGAACUACACGGGCACCCUCGAAAUUAUCAACCUCUGGUACGACUGGCCCAACGGUCGAAACUUCAACAUCAUACAGCACCAGCUGGGUUCAAUCCUCUACGACCUCGAGUGGAACAAUGGGACCUCCUUCUUCUACAGCUUGGACUCAUCCAAAACGUGCACAAGCUCUCAGCUUGAGGUGGGUAUUCUCCGGCCUAAUUGGCUCGACGGAGCUGAGUAUCUGGGUCAGCGCCACGUGGAUGGGUUCCUCUGCAACGUUUGGAACAAGGUCGAUUUUCUUCUGUACUAUGAGGACGUUGUCACCAAGAGACCUGUUCAUUGGGCCUUUUACACUGGGAGAGAGGCACAUGUGAUGACAUUUGAGGUUGGGGCAGUGCUUGAAGAUGCAACGUGGCAAGCUCCUGUGUACUGUUUUGAUCAGAAAGCUGAAAAUGAUAACAAGGGAGGAGAGUUUUCGAUCACUGGUGGUUAUGUGGAUGGAUUGCUAAGAGGUCCGUUUCGAAGUGUGAUGUGAUUUCUUUAGUGUGUUGUUUGUUUUCUAUUCAUGUGAUCUUAUGAUACUGUUAAGAAUAAAUUAUUGCAUAGUUUAUUGGCUGCAUAG